ACCAUGUUUACCCUAUAGAAGAACGUAGAUACCACGAGAUGUUAUUCUUCAACUUCUUCCAAUCGCUUGCGGAGAAGGGCGCGAGUGUAACGGUUGAGUUAAAGAACGAUCUACAGCUGACUGGCCGUCUUCAUGCUGUGGACCAGUACCUCAACUUCAAGCUGAGCAAUGUGACGGCCAGUGACACCGAGCGUUACCCUCACCUGCUGUCGGUUGUGAAUUGCUUUGUGAGAGGCUCAGUGGUGCGUUACGUCUACCUCAAUAGCUCCGACGUCAACACUGAGGAGCUCCAGGAGCUGUGUCGCCGCGAGGCCAUGAAGUCUAACGUAGACAAGUAAUCAUGUACGCACGGAUUAAUAUGGAAUUGAACUCAGUGUCUGCAUUUUAC